AUGAGCCCGAGAAUCACGGUGGUUGAAGGAAAGCUGCCCCAAGACCUUGUGACAUGGGACCAGUAUUCCAUUUCUGUUCGCGGCGAGCGCAUUGUCUUUCUUGCCGGUGAAUUUCACCCUUUUCGCCUGCCUUCCCCUGGCCUUUGGCUCGAUGUCUUUCAAAAGAUUCGUGCAUUGGGCUAUUCCGGAGUGUCUUUCUACCUUGACUGGGCCCUUCUCGAAGGCCAACAUGGGCAUGUACGCACCGACGGAAUAUUUGCCCUGGACAAAUUCUUCGAGGCGGCCAGCGAGGCUGGCAUCUAUUUGAUCGCUCGACCGGGCCCUUACAUCAACUCCGAGGUCUCGGGAGGUGGCUUCCCAGGAUGGCUGGGCCGACUCAAGGGCCGGUUGAAGUCAACCGAUCAGGACUACUUGGACGCCAUCACGCCCUAUAUUCAGACCAUUGGGAGGACCAUUGCAAAGUCCCAGACAACCAACGGCGGACCGGUCGUCAUGUUCCAGCCCGACAACGAAUACACCAUGUGUUUAAACACCACUGGAUACACCCAAGAUAACAACCGCACUAUCACGGGGAUUGACUCAUCUUGCCUUGAGAAAGAACACAUGGGAUACGUUGUCGAUCAAUUUCGCAAGUCGGGCCUGGUGGUCCCCUUCAUUGUGAAUGAUGCAUUUCCAAUGGGAAAUUUUGCCCCAGGCUCUGGCGUGGGAGCCGUUGACAAUUACAGUUUCGAUAAUUAUCCGGUGCUUUGGGCCAUGGGAUCACCUGACCCAUACAACUGGUCAUCAUUGUUGAAUCCAUUACUUCUUUACAACUUUUCCACGCAUCAGCAAAUCAGUCCCGGAUCGCCAAUGUCAAUUUCUGAGUUCCAAGGAGGUGUACCUGAUCCUUGGGGGGGAGUGGGCGUCGAUACAUCUGCCGCCUAUAUAAACCAUGAGUUUGAGCGGAUAUUUUACAAGUUGAACUAUGGAAGAAUCAAGAUCUUUGGCGGGACAAACUGGGGCAACCUGGGCCACCCCAGUGGCUAUACUUCUUACGAUGUGGGCGCCGCAAUCGCAGAAAACUGUCAAGUAUCCCGUGAAAAGUACAGCGAGCUCAAGCUCCAGGCAAGCUUUCUGCAAGUGUCACCAGAUUAUCUGACAGCACAGCCCGAGAAUGGUACAUUCGGCGUGUAUACCGACACCCAUGAUCUGGUAACCACCAGGCUGAGGGGAUCUCCUACGAAUUUCUAUGUUGUCCGUCACAGUGACUUGACUUCAUUCGAAUCGACGCGGUAUAGACUUCGUGUAACCACUAGUAUCGGGGAUCUGAGUAUUCCUCAGCUGGGCGGAUCUCUUCAGCUUAAUGGUCGCGACUCGAAGUUCCAUGUGGUUGAUUAUAAUGCGGGUGGAACAAAUCUGAUAUAUUCAACAGCAGAGAUUUUGACCUGGAAGAGGGCUGGUAGGAAGUCAGUGGUCGUGCUCUAUGGAGGAGAAAACGAAUUCCACGAAUUCGCUCUCCCAGUCAAACUGGGCAUGCCCUCGGGUGUUGAAGGUGAUGGCCUGAGAAUCAAGAGGACCAAAUCGGCUAUCGUCGUGCAAUGGCAUGUCGAGCCCAAAUCACGGGUACUCAAAUUCGAGGAUGCCUUCGAAAUCCACCUGCUGUGGCGCAACGAUGCAUAUAACUACUGGGUCCUCGAUCUGCCCGUCUCGCAGCCAUUGGGCUUACACGUUUCCCCAUCUCGAGCCGACAAGUCUGUGGUCGUCAAGGGCAGUUACCUUCUACGCAACGCCAGUAUCUCCGGUGACACGCUCCAUUUAACAGGGGACCUGAACGCUACAACGGAGAUCGAAGUCAUCUCUGCGCCUUCGAAUCUUUCGUCGGUGAGAUUCAACGGCAACAGAAUCCAGGUCUCUGAAAAGCACGGUCGUCUGAGGGCAGAAAUCCCUUACCUGUCUCCAAAUAUCUCUCUUCCCGACUUGAAGGCCUUGGAUUGGCGCUACCUUAAUUCCCUCCCGGAGCUGUCCUCUUCGUAUGACGAUUCAAGAUGGAGGGGCUCCAACAAUCCCCGCAAACUCUCAACUCCAACGUCUCUCUAUGCUAGCGACUACGGAUAUCAUUCUGGAUCGGUUCUUUACCGCGGAAGCUUCGUCGCUGACGGAUCCGAAUCAUUCAUAUAUCUACUCACUGAAGCUGGCUGGGCAUUUGGACACUCGGUCUGGUUGGACUCUACUUUCCUCGGCUCAUGGGUCGGCAGUCCUGCGGACAUGUUUUACAACCAGACGUUAUCAUUCCCGACCAAGCUACAGGCCGGUCAAAAACACGUCCUAACUGUCCUGAUCGAUCAUAUGGGCAUCGAUUCAAACUUCCCAGCAAACCUCGACCUGAUGAAAGACCCGCGAGGAAUCCUCGACUACGUCCUCGAUGGGCGUGAUAAGUCCGCAAUCUCAUGGAAAAUGACAGGCAACUUGGGCGGAGAACGAUACCGCGAUCUGAGCCGCGGACCUCUGAAUGAGGGUGGCAUAUUCCCCCAGCGGGCGGGUUACCAUCUCCCGGGCACCCCGACCGAGACCUGGGUCCGCAAGUCACCGGUCAAUGAUGGAUUGCCGGGUCCGGGUGUGGGCUUCUUUGCGACUUCCUUUGAUCUCCAUAUCCCGACUGGAUAUGACGUGCCAAUCAGUAUUGUGUUCGCUAAUACAACCAUGGCCAAUACUUCCACGCCGGCGAAGUUCCGAUCGGAGAUAUAUGUGAAUGGGUGGCAGUUUGGGAAGUAUAUUAAUCAUAUUGGUCCCCAGACUCGCUACCCCGUACCAGAGGGGAUUCUGAACUACGACGGCAACAAUUACCUCGCGAUAACUCUCUGGUCGAUGGAAGGCAAGCCGGUAAAGCUGGCGGGGUUGGAGCUCCAAGCUGAUGCAGUGAUACAGAGUGGAUACCGCAAACCUCAGUUUGUGGAAGGACAAAGAUAUGCCGAGAGAAGAGGUAGUUACUGAUGGGCUGCUGUCUUUUGAAGACUCGACAUUUGGACUCGGAGUCAGUCCGUGGUCGAAGGAACCCGUUUGUCAGUGUAGAUGCCCAGGUAGUCGAUUGUU